CCCAGAGUCUUUAGAGGAUCAGAGGGUCCUAAUCUGCUUCUCAGGCUUCAUCCGAGUUUUAGAGACGAGACGCCGGGAUUUAGAUUGAACUAGUCCAACUGGAAUACAGCGAUAAUGCCUUCCAGUACGAAGACUCUGCUUUUCAUGUCCAGUGCGCUGGCUACCUCCAUCUCUGUUGGGGUGUUGGGGUACUGCAUGUCAACACAGUGGGCUGAGACCACCAUGGAGUGCACAAGAAGUGGAGAAAGCUUCACCAAUGGGAGUGCUCUGAUCACUUGGAAGCUUUUUGUGGGGAAUUUGAACAGAGAAUUUUGCCCCUCGUUCGGAAAAACAGAGCAAUUUGAAGUGAUUCCUAAGUUGGUGGAAACAGGAGAAGUUCCCUCUGUGGUCCUUCACGCUUUGGUGUUGUGCCUGUUGGCCCUGUGUCUGCUGUGUUCCACCGUCAGCAUCCUUAUCUCCCUGUACAACAGUGUCAGCAACCCAUAUGAGACCUACAUGGGGCCGAUUGGCUUAUAUGUCUGCAGCUCGCUCAGUGCAUGUUUGUCUGUACUGGUCCUCAUCCUAUUUGCGUUGAACCUGACAGUGACCAGAAUGGCAGAGAAGUUGGUAAAGAUCUCAACGGGAAAUACUCCAGCAGACCUGAGGAACGAGUCGACAGAGAUGAUGCUCGGAUACUACCUGGUCAUCCCUUACACAGUGCUCUCACUGGUAGCCAUCGCUGUGAUCUACAUGUACGACCAGGCAGCCUACACACACCGGAGAGAACAGCAGAGGCCUACAGAGGACGCCCCCAAGGAGAUCAUGAUGUAUUAGUGGCCUGCCAUGGAGACACAUUUCAGUGACAUUUAUGAAGACUUUCUGGAGUAACUCACUGCAAAACAGAAAAUCUACAAUACCCAAUGACAUGUUCUGUGUGUUAUGUAAAAAAACUAAUGAGAUUAAGUCUUACUACCAAUGAUUUAAAAGUACGUAUUUGAAAAGUAUUACAUCCAACUUGUAACCUGUGGUUUGAAAUGUAAUGUUUUAGAUUUGAAGGAAAAUGGACAAACCCCAACAACUAUUGAGAUUAGAAUUAAAUCAUAUUUGGGGGUUCAAUGUAAAAGUUACAUUUAAAUAAUGGUGAGAGAGGUUUAGGAGAAAUAUUGGAAAUAGGCAUAUGGGCUUCACUGAUCUCUGCUGCCCUCUAUCUCUGAGAUGAUGUCAAUGCAGAAAUAUAUCUCGUACCACAAUUUUAAGACAAUACCUUUCCAUGAAACAGGGGGGCUAUAGAAUAACAGUUUGCAUAUUUUCUUGUAUUUGCCUGUUUAACUAUGGGUACAUUUUGUAAAAUAGUCUGACUUAAGAAAAAAUGUAAAGAUCGUUUUCACAGGCCUAUAUCUUAAAAUCUUGAGAGCACUGAGACAAGACUCACACUUUGAUUCUGAAAAAAUCCAGACAUGGGAGAGACCAGUUGUUCCCAAAAAUCUUUUCAGAUGUGACCCAACCAGUCAGUAUCUUACUGUAAGUAUAUUUCAAAAGACUAGCUAUCCUGUUUCAAAUGUCUCAAGUUUAUUUGAAAUUUGAUGUGUUGUAGAUUUACCAUUUCCACCAUCUGGAAAGACAGAAGCUGGAUGUUUCAACUAUUAAUCUAAUACUUGUAUCUAACUAUUCAACUAGUGAGCAAUCUGGUCAUAACAAUAAAGCUGAUCGUAAUAAAUGGUUGAAUUACCUCCAAUUC